UCCCUCUCUCUCUCUCUCAUUCUCUCAAAUCAAAAAACAAAAACAAGAAAAACAAAAACAGAUUAAAAAGAAAAUGGAGCAACAACAAAAUCUACCAGUGUUAGCCAAAAGAAUGUGGAGCAUAGUACGUGUAAUUUUCUUCAUGGUGAGAAAAGGCCUAUCCAAAAGGAAGCUCAUGGUUGAUCUCAACAUGAUGCUCAAACGCGGCAAGAUUGCCGGGAAAGCCCUCAGCAAUCUCCUCCACCAUCACAGCCACCACAAUCACCACCAUAGCCACCACCACGUCUCCUCCUACGUGUUACCCCCAAAUGAGUAUGAGUUCAGCUGCAGCAACACCCCCAACUACACUUUCCCUUUCCACCUCAACAAGAGGAAGAGCAACUACCACCAUUUCUUCGGGUGCACCCACGCGCCGCCUACUGACGACGACGACAUCAACACCGUCAAGGCGGUUCUCGAGAUGCUCAACAAUAAUGACAUGGUGGUGGAGGCUUCCCCGGCGUUGCCAGGUUUCGGACGGAGCCCGUUUGUGAGGCCGUUGAGAAUAACGGACUCUCCCUUCCCGUUGAGAGAUGUUGAUGAAGAUAAUGGGUAUGUUGACAAAGCAGCUGAAGAGUUUAUACAGAAGUUUUACAAGGAGUUGAAGAAGCAGAAUAAAUUGUCCAUGGCUGAGUGUUGAAUAGGGUUUCUGUUCUUCUUCUUCUUCUUUUUUUUUUUUUUUUUAAUUAUUAAGUUAAUUUUGUUUAUGUUGUUUAUUAGUGUAAAUGAAAAUAAUUAAAAGUUUGUAUAAACUUUUAAUGUUUUAAUCUUCUGGGUCUUGGAGAUUGUUAUUGUAAGCAAAUUAUAAGAGAUGUGUACACUAGAGGGAUCAAUUUCAAUGCAUAAUUCUCCUUUUUCAA